AUGAUGAUGUUCAAAUUGCGGGGCCCGAGCCCUCGGUCUACCUACGUCUGGACGGUGGCAGCACCGUUGCUAUUACUGACUUACCUGGCAUCACCGGCCGGGGCAUUGUACGCAACUUACGGCUCACCAUGCUAUGACGUCUGUAGCAACCCGACCAACACCACUUCCUCGGAGAUUGUCUGUCUGGACGAAUCGUACAACAGUACGGAGAAGGGCCGGUCUUUCCAAAAAUGUGUAUCCUGCGAGCUGCAGAGUAAUUACACCGACGCCGAUACCGAGAUCAGUGACUUCGCAUGGGGUCUUUAUAAUCUCCGCUUCGCAUUUGACACCUGUGUGUACGGGUAUCCAGAGGCUGUGAACACGGUCUCAACGCCUUGUCUUGUGGCGUGCCUGGGGUUGAGUCCUGCGUUCGAGUUUGAGCUGCUGAACCCGACUUAUAAUACCCUGCGGACCUAUUGCGCCACGGGAGCAUUUGCCGACAACCACAUCGACACCUGUAGUAACUGCUACAACCUGACCAGCACCCAGGGGUAUCUGGCCAAUUUCCUAGAAGCGAUGCGUUAUGAGUGCCAUUUCCCCGUGCCCGUGGACACGGCAUUUCCUAUCAGUCCAUCCGAAAUUUUCUCGGAGGUGCAACUCCCCUUCUAUUCGACCGAUCUGCUGAACAGCACAUCGCACGACCCGAUCAAUUAUCGGCUGGCGACGCUGAUCGGACUGCCGGUGAUGGGGUUUGUGAUUUGUGUCUGUCUGUUCAUCCUGAGUAUCAUCUUCUGCUGCCAGUGGCGGCGCAGGUAUGUCCGCCGGGAGCGGGCCUCGGAGCAGCAGCGGUGGAAGACGCUGGUUGCGGAGCACCCGUGGCGUGGCCCGGCGCCCUCUCCACAGGAGAUGUAUCCGCCGGGGGCGUAUCAACAGCCGCAGCCACAGCCGCAGCCGCAGCCUCCAGGGCACCACCAAGAAGCGUCGGGCUUCCACUUUGUGGAUAAUGAUGGCCGCAGCCAGAUGGUGGGAUACUCGAAGCAGCAGGUGAAAGAGACAACCGUGGCGGUGCAGGGCGAGUUGUCUCCGGAAGAGAAGGGUAAGGGGCCGGAGGACUUCUUCCCGGUCCAAUCUGACUCCAAGUCGUAG